AUGGUCCAACCAAAAAACCCAUUUUCCAAGAAUCACAAGAAUCUGUCACUUUCACUUUCACUUUCCAAUAAGCCAAAGCAAAACACCACAGCAGGCCCACCAUCACAAGAGCCACAACAUGUGUCGCAUUAUGAGCAUGGUCCAGCACAAAUACUGCCCAACUUGUUCUUAGGUGCCUGCCAUAAUGCGCAGUGCCCAAAAAUGCUAGAUCGUCAUGGUAUCUCAUGCAUUCUCAAUGUUGCCCAAGAAAUUGAACGGCCUGUGAGCUCAACAAGAAGCAUCCGAUAUCAUCAUUUGCGUUGGACACAUACUCAAAACAACCUUGCACGCCGUGAAUUUCACAAAGCCAUCCGUGUACUUGAAACGGCACAUCACACCAACACCACCGUGCUAGUUCACUGUCAAUCGGGUGUGGAAAGAUCAGCUGCAUUAGUGAUUGCAUACAUUUUGCAUCUCUCACGGCAACAGCAGCUGACACGCAAUAACAACAACAACAGCAACCCUGUAGGCAAGAAAAAGCUUAGCUUGUGGGAGGCGUAUGAUUUUGUACGAGAGCGUGCACCAGCCAUUCGUCCUAACAUGGAACUUCUUUAUCAAUUGAGUGAAUUUGAGACACUUUCUUCACCACGUCGUAAUGGUAUUUCAACCACCAACAACAACUCAACACGCGUACGUCGAUCGGGAUCUGUCAAUGCUAACAGCAUGAUUCGAAAGAAAAGUUUCAGCUCUUCUAAUAACAACAAUAACCACAACAACAACACGAGCAGGCCGCGUGCGGCUAGCUUUCGUUGCCCUGCUAGACAUCGUCGUUUAUUUGAACAUGAGCUACCAGCACCACCACCCAUACCGGCAGCAUCCAAAUCACCUGCAGAAGUGUCUGUGCCUGCACAAACAUCACCUCCUGCACCAACAUCGGUGACGAUAAACGACUCAGCAUGUCUUGUGAUCCUCAUUGCAUGUGCCAGCAUGUAUGUCGUGUUUAGUCAACACCGACAGCGACAUCAUACUACAUCCACCACCACCAACUCCUCCACCACUACCUCCUCCUCUUCUUCAACAAAGCCUUGUUUAAAUUUAGUGCCGAGUGAACCUUCCACGCCAAUGAGCCCCCUUUUUUUGCACUCGUUGUUCCCUAUUUGCUAG